AUCCAUUGGUGCACCGAGGGUCAGAAAUUUACUUAAAUGGUUUGGCCGGUGCUCCAUUUGACAACAAAUGGAUCAAUGGAUCGGUUACGGUUCGAUCACGGUUCGAUCCAAGGCAGCCAAUCCCCAUUCCCAUCCCCAUCUCGGCGAAGAACAGGAGCAACCGAAGCAGCAGCGAUGGGCGCGAUGGGGAGGCUCAGGAUCUUCGUGGCGCAGGAGCCGGUCGUGGCGGCCUCCUGCCUCAUCGCCGGCUUCGGUCUUUUUCUUCCAGCCGUUGUCAGGCCCAUCUUGGAUUCUUUUGAGACUGCCAAACAAGUUCCCCCAACGAGCUCUAACUAAUAUGAUUACUGGUGUCACUGUAAAGAAAUAAGAGUUAUUUGAAAUGUUCCCUCUAUCUUGUUUUGGACUUGUGGAGCUGUGGUGUUGCUACUCGGUUUUGGACCAUGAUGAUGAAGCAACGCUAUUUUCACGUGCAUUUGAUGUUUUACAGGAGUUCAAAGACUAGCACCAAUCGACAUAUGUUUGUUAAAAUAAUGACCGCAGCCAAAAAGAUUUUUUCAGCACACAGUGGUAAUUAAAAUGAUGAGCCUUAGUUGCAGUCUGAAUAUUUA